UUAGUCUGUCGAGUCUGUCCGCUGCACCUACUGAGGACCCCUGCUCAGACCCACUUUUCCAAAUAUCAGCCUCACUCACUCACUCACUCGCCUUUUUUUGCUUCUUCAGCCUCGCUCCGCUCGCUCCCCCUCACUCAAUCCCGAAUCAAAUAAUAACCCGCCGACGACUCUUCUUCUCUCCUCAAUCCUCUCUUCCCUUCCUCUCUACAUAUGUGCAUCCUCGAACCCGACCUGAAUUGUGCGCAGCAUUGACAGAUGCAUGUCUCGAAGCGGAGAACACCUCAAGGAUGAGGGAUCCAAAACCCAGGUCGUGAUAGCUGGUGCAGUUGCAGGUUUGAUCGCGAGAUUUGUGAUUGCCCCUCUCGAUGUCGUCAAGAUCCGGCUGCAGCUGCAAACCCAUUCGCUCUCCGACCCUUUAUCCCAACAAGACCUCAAAGGAUCGCCCAUAUACAAAGGCACUCUUCCAACUCUCAGGCACAUACUGAGAGAUGAAGGAAUUACUGGACUCUGGAAAGGGAAUAUCCCAGCCGAAUUGAUGUACGUUGCAUACAGCGCGAUCCAAUUCACGACCUACCGAUCCGUUACUUUGGGGUUGCAAAGCGCAUUUGGAGAACAUCGACUACCUGCUGCCGCGGAAAGUUUUAUUGCCGGCGCGAGUGCAGGUGCCGUUUCAACCACAGCGACGUACCCUCUUGAUCUGCUCAGGACACGAUUCGCAGCGCAGGGCAGAGAGAGGAUUUACACCUCGUUGGCAGCCUCGAUACGGGAGAUUGCAAAGAAUGAAGGGCCAAGGGGCUUCUUUCAGGGACUAGGAGCGGGCGUGGGUCAGAUCAUACCGUACAUGGGCAUCUUCUUCGCUACGUAUGAGACCUUGCGAAAGCCCAUGAGCAGUCUGCAAUUACCCUUCGGAUCUGGGGAGGCUAUGGCAGGCGUCUUGGCUUCUCUAGUCUCCAAGACAGCCGUGUUCCCCUUGGAUUUGGUGAGGAAGCGUCUACAGGUCCAAGGCCCUACCCGAGCGAAGUAUGUGCAUAAGAAUAUACCCGUAUACAAAGGCGUUAUCCGAACAUUGCAGAGUAUCUUGAAGAAGGAAGGUACUCGAGGUUUGUACCGUGGGUUAACUGUUAGCCUUUUCAAAGCUGCUCCGGCCAGUGCGGUCACCAUGUGGACUUAUGAGCGAGUUCUUCGGGUUAUGAUGGAUAUGGAAGUGGCUAAGACGGAAUAGUGGGGGGUAAUGAAUGAUUGGGGGCCAUGAGUCGACUUGAACCUCUCGAAUAUAGAAUAAUG